GUCGUGACGUUGACGUAAACUCGCUCAGAAACGCGGAAGUCAGGCUGCAGACAGUCCCGAAGCGUCAGAGUGAAUCUGCAAACUUUGUCAGCACAGUUACUAGCAGAGAGGAAAGAGGAUGGCACCUAAGAGAAGGGCAAAAUCAAGCACCAAAGCUGGAGGGAAGAAGGUAAAGGUGGAGCCUGAAGCUCCCCCGAAGGACAAGUUCGCCUCUGCCAAAGAGGCUCUGAAGGCAACAGUGCCACAGGUGAAGGGCACGAGGAACCCAGACAGCUUCUGUCAUCUAUCAAAUGCUGAGGUUCACGAAGAUUAUGACUGUAUGCUAAACCAAACCAACAUUGGAAACAACAACAACAAAUUCUAUGUAAUCCAAGUCUUAGUGUCUGGAGGAAAGUACUAUUGUUGGACAAGAUGGGGCAGAGUGGGAGAGUCAGGCCAGAACAAUUUAGCCGGUCCAUCUACCGUUGAUGCAGCCAUUAAGAAUUUUGAAAAGAAAUUCAAAGAUAAGACCAAGAAUAAUUGGAGCGAUCGUGAAAACUUUGUCUCGCAUUCUGGAAAAUACACAUUGAUAGAGGUAGAUGGGGACCAGGAUGCAGAAGUGAAGGUGGACACUGUAGAUGGUGGAGAUGUGAAGGUGAAAACUGAACAACAUGUUCUGCCUUGUACAUUGGAUGAGGCAACUCAAAGACUCAUCCGAUUCAUCUUCAACAACGACAUGUUCAAAGAAGCCAUGACCAGCAUGAACUUGGAUAUUAAGAAGAUGCCCUUGGGGAAACUCAGCAAGCAGCAGAUAGCCAAAGGCUUUGAGGCUUUGGAGCUGAUUGAAGCUGCAAUAAAGAAGGGGGAACGGAACAAGUUAGAAGAACUCACCAGCAAAUUCUUCACCAUAAUUCCUCAUAACUUUGGCCGCAACAGACCACCUAUCAUCUCUGAUGAUUCUGUCCUUCAGGGCAAGAAGGAGAUGCUUUUGGUUCUUGCAGACAUCGAGAUUGCCCAGAGUCUUAAAGCUGAAUCCGAGAAAGCCAAAGAAGAAAUGAAGGACACAGUGCCACAUCCAUUUGACCAAAAUUACCAGUCUCUGAAAUGCAAGCUAAGCUUAAUGGAUAAAAAGUCAAAGGAAUUUAAGAUUAUUGAGAAGUACUUGAAUGCCACUGGAAGAAAAGGACUCACUUUGGUGGAUGUCUGGGAAGUUGACAGAGAUACAGAGGCUGAGCGCUUCAGGGAAAAUUAUGCAUUGGAGAACCGGAAGCUGCUUUGGCAUGGAACAAAUGUGGCAGUGGUCGCAGCCAUUCUGAAGAGCGGCCUUCGCAUUAUGCCCCAUUCUGGUGGACGUGUGGGCAGGGGAGUCUAUUUUGCUUCUGAAAACAUCAAAUCAGCUGGCUAUGUGUGUCCAUCCAACAACAUUGGCAUCAUGUUUCUAAAUGAAGUUGCUUUGGGAAAAGAGUACACCAUCACGCAGGAUGAUUCCAGCCUAAGGAAGGCUCCCGCUGGCUAUGACAGCGUAGUUGCACGUGGAAGCCAAGAACCAGAUCCCUCAAAAGAUGUCUUCAUUGAGUUGGAUGGUAAAAAGGUGGCAGUUCCUCAGGGAAAAGUCAUAAAACAACAGCAGUACCAGGGAAGUUCCUUCUUCAACAGUGAGUACCUCAUCUAUGAGGAAAGCCAGUGUCGCAUCCGAUACCUCCUGGAAUUGAAGUUCAGUUCUUGGAGCUGAUUUGAAAACCUGGAACUGUAUACACUUACAGUUAUGCAUAUAUAACCACUUAUAAAUGUCACUUCUGCUACGUGGUUUCACUCUCACUUAUAAAGCGUUGAAUGUUCCGUUAUAAUCGUUGUUAUUUUAUAAUAAUUUUGUUAUUAUUAACAUUAUUGUUAUUUUGUUAAGUUGAAUGUUAAAUUGUGAUUUUUGUGUGGCAGUAAUACAGUUUAGCAAUGUUAAUUUGACGGUUCCUCUAUUUAUUGAGUCGGAAAGUCUAAUAAAUAUUUAAUAACUUCAUUGCACCUUUAUUAUGUACUGUAAACUUGGUCAAUAUAGCCAUUACAGUAUGUUUUUCUCAUUUUGCCUUCUCUCCGAUUGAGGUUUGAAUGUCUUCUUAUCAUUACUCUUCUGUAACUGGCAUGUUUUUCAUAUUAGAAAGAAACAUAACUAUGGGUUUCUGUUCUGUCAUAAGUAAAUGUUCACUUUUAAGCAUUUGAAAAAAUGUUGAAUCAGUGUUCAAUUUGAUAAAAAAUAAAGAUGAAAAAAGGCCCAAAUUAAGAGGGAUUUUUUCCCCCCAAAUUAAAUACCCUUAUUUUAUACAGGAUAAGAGUAUUAAAAUACUUCUAAAAAAUAAAAAUACUUCUAAAGUGUGAUUAAAGCCAAAUUGUCUAAAUUAAUUUCUUUUAAAUGAUAUUCUUUCUAAAAUUAUAAUUUCUUUUUGUUGUUCCUCAUUCAAGUUAAAUUUAGACUAAUUCAUGCAGUUAUGUGCAUGCAAGCUGCUCAAACAUUGCUGACAAGCACGGAUUAUGAAGGAUGUACAAUGCUAAUAUAGCCCUUUAUAGACAUUUUUGUUUGGUCAGAUGUUUGCUUUAUCAAACAUUUGUUUAAAGCUUUUUAUUCAAUUAUAUUGCACUACAAAGACAAUAGAUAUAUGUCCAAAUAUCUAUUAUAUAGUUUUUUCUCUGAUAUGUUAUGGUGAGCUUUGAAGUAAAAUUGUAUUGUAAAUGUUGAUGUGGGUUAAUCUGAACAUAAUAAAUAAAUAUA